AUGACGGGUGGAGGUGUCGUGGACGGCGGGGGCGUGGACGGUGUCACAGUUCAAGCUCUGUCUACCACACCGGUACUGUUCAGCUAUUGGGCCAAGCCAGAUGACGCGCUGGACUUCAGCCGGCUACAGAACGAUUUCGUGGCUUCGAUGGUUAGGCGGCGACCCGACCGGUUCGUCGGUCUGUGCACGGUGCCGAUGCAGAGCCCACAGCGGGCCGUCGAGGAGUUGAAGCGGUGUGUCACCCAGCUGGGAAUGCGGGGCGUCAUCGUCGGAUCGCACGUCAACGAAUGGACGCUGGCCGAUCGAGCACUCGACCCUUUCUACAAGACAGUCCAGGAACUCGGCGUGGGCGUGUUUGUGCAUCCUUGGGACAUGCCGCCUUCAACGCGCUAUAACAAGUACUGGCUCCAGUGGCUUGUCGGUAUGCCCGCGGAGACUACAGCUUCCAUCUGCGAGGUGAUCUUCGGCGGACUCCUAGAGAGGUUCCCGAGGCUCAAGCUCUGCUUCGCCCACGGCGCUGGCUCUUUUCCUUACACCGUGGGGAGAAUACAGCAUGGCUUCGACGUGAGUAAAUGA